AUGCACCUCUUAUCACUGUACCUCUUAUCACUGUACCUCUUAUCACUGUACCUCUUAUCACUGUACCUCUAUCACUGUACCUCUUGCAUCACGGUACCGUACCUCUGUUACCGUACUUUUGGUACCACCCUCUUACCUUAUGGUACCGUACUUUUUGUUAUGUACCUCUUGUUACCGUACUUUUAUCACCGUACCUCUUGGUACCGUACCUCUUAUACUGUACCUCUUGGUACCGUACCUUUGGUACCGUACCUCUUGUUACCGCCUUUUGGUACGUACCUCUUGGUACCGUACCUUAUCACCGUACCUCUUGGUACCGUACCUCUUAUCGUACCGUACCGCUUUUGUUAUUGUACCUCUUGUUACCGUACCUUUUGGUACCGUACCUCUUGGUACCACUUUUAUCACCGUAUUUCGUGGUACCGUAUCUUUAUUACUGUACCUCUUGGUACCGUUUUCUUACCGUACCUACCAUCACUGUAUCUCUUGGUACCGUACUUCCUAUCACCGUUUUAA